CCCGCGGAGUGCCGAGUGCGCGCGGCCGCGAUUCGGCGGGUUCGCUCGUCCAGCUCGCUGGCCCGCGGGUCCCGACCGUCGCGGCGAGAAAGCGCUCGCCAAGGGGCGCGCGGACUUCCUCGGGGGCCUGACGUAAGCCCCGCGCGCGAGCGAAAGUGAAAGUGAUACGCGGGAUCUCGAACGGGAUGAAAUGCCAGGCGGAGAGCCGUGUGGCGUGCGUGCGCGUCGAGGUGCUUUCACCACCGUCCGUCGCACGUGGGUGUGAGCUUAGAAAGUGGAUCGCCUUGUCGCAAGCGCUCGUUUACGAAUCCUGGUCCAUCGGCCGGAUGAUUUUCGAUGCUCGAGAGAAAGCCCGUCUCGCUGGUAGCGCGCGACAAUGCAUUCUUCGCCCGAUAGGAUAAAGCCCAUUUGUUUGCUUAAUUGCAGCAGGAAAACGGAAAACAAUAUGGGAGGCCAAGAGCAACAAACGGAGGUGUACAAGUGCAAUCUGAGCUCGCAAGCCCAAGCGAUCGCGAAAAGUGAGCUUCGCGAGGACGAGAAAACGCGCGAGCACUGUUUGGCGCAAUUCCGCGAUUGGAUAUCCAAACACCCAUCGAUCAAGAAGUGCCGCACCGACGCCGUGUUUCUGCUGCGCUUUCUGCGCACCAAAAAGUUCAGUCUGCCACUCGCUCAGGAGAUGCUCGAGCGUUACCUGACCAUCCGGCAAACGUACCCCGACUGGUUUCAGAAUUUGAACAUCGACGAUCCUGACAUCGAAGCUAUCAUCGACGCUGGCUACCUCGUACCUUUGAUCAAGAGGGAUUCACACGGCAGAAAGGUUAUUCUUUCUUGUGCAGGCCGUUUCGAUCCGUACAAAUACACCUCGGCUCAAAUGGUGCGGGUGCACAGUCUCGUGUGCGAAGCAUUAAUGGACGACGAAGAAAGUCAGGUGCACGGUUACACCCACUUGAACGACGAAUCAGGUUUGACGAUGGGCCACCUUAGCUCGUGGUCAUUCAGCGACAUAAGAAACAUGCUUGGUUGCAUUCAGAACAGUACGCCGAUGAGACACAAGGAGACUCAUCUGGUCAAUGUGCCGGGCUGCACGAUGAAGUUCAUCGAGCUUGCGCUUUCGCUGUUGAACGAUAAGCUGAGAUCGCGGGUGCUGUUGCACAAAACGUUGGACGAGCUUCGGCAAACCAUCGACCCGAAAAUCCUGCCCAGAGAGUACGGUGGCGAAGUUCCGCUCGCCGACAUGAUCGCUGACUUCAAAAAGUUGCUGAGAGAGAAGGGCGAGUCCAUCAAAGCUCUCGACGACAUGUUCAUCGAAAUAUCGCCAAAGAACAACUGUGCCUCCAGCGAAGGACUUGGUGGAAUAUCCGGAUCGUUCCGUAAGCUCGAGGUCGAUUAAACAUACCUCGUUCCAGAUAGUUUAAGCAGUGAAAGAAAGCACCAACGAUUAAUAAUAUAUUUCUAGCUCUUCUAAUUCCAUUUGAUUAUUGUUUUUCGGUAUAAGAUAUUCGCAUCAUCCGACGACAUCAUUAUAGAUAGUUUCAGUACAGCAUAAUCCUCGUUUGCACAAUGUCGUGCGAAUGAGUUUUAUCCUUCACAUGAUAAUAAUAAUACUUUCAAGAUAUAUAAUAGUUUCUUCAUACGAAGGUGUUCCCCAUAGAGGUGGUAUAAGUUACCCGCAACAACUUCGACGUUGUUUCAUAUUAUGUAUCGCAAAAAUAAACCAUCACGCAAAUCUAAGCUGUGAUCUUUAAUCGCGAUCAUAGAUAUAUUUCCAUAGUUUAUCAUGAUCAAUUUUUAAACUAUAGUUUAAUUAGAAUUCAGAUUAAUUGUUUUGUUCUAUCAUAUCUGUAUUAAUUUGUUAUAAUGUUUGGUUUUUAUAAUCUAAGUUUUUUCUGUAAGGCUUUAAGGGAGUAAGUUAUAAAAUCGAUGUUUUUUUAAUGUAUUAAGUAUUAAUGCAAAAUACGGGUCCCAUGAAAAUGUUGUCGGUUUACUGAUGCAGUAAAUAAAUGCUUUUAUAUUAAAAUUUGAUGAUGUUAUGUUUACCCAGCUGCUUCUCGAUAGCAAAACAGGUUUUUUUUUAAUUUUUUGCAUUCUUAAACACUUUAAUUUUUUUAUUUAACGACAUUUAUCUCAAUUUUAAAACUUUUUUUUUCAGUAAAAUAUUUGUUUUGUAAUUACUGUCGCAUAUGCCUAUUUAAACUGUAAUAAGACAUCCUAUAGAAUGGUUUCUUAUUCUGUGAUUAAAACAAUUACAAUGACUCACAUACCAACUAUAAGUCGAAUGUUCACAAUGAAUUCAAGGUAAAAUUACAUAAUGUUAAAUUUAUGAUUUGCAAAUCAACCAUAAUUUUUGCAAAAAAGAAAUUUCCUCAAACAAUAAUGCAUGUAUAAAUUUUGAAUGUAUAUUAACAAUAAAGUGUGUGUGAUUGUAUGUGUAUAGAGUUGAAAUAUUUUAAUAAAGAUAAAUGGUACACACUAUCGAGUGUAGAAGCAAGGCUUGAGUAAUAUUAAGCUAAAAUAAAAAUAAACUAUAUACAUUUUUUUUUAUCUUACACAUGUAUAAAAACUAUUGUACAGUUUAAAGUAUUCAUUACAAUUAAAAUGUAGAUUAUUAAGUGUAAAAAAUUGGAAUUUACAUUUAAAUGAAAGCAUGUAAAACUCACAGUGUACAAUGAAAUGAAAUGAAAGCUAUACGUAAUAUAUUUGUGAAUAUUUAUACCGUAAAGAAAAUAAUUUAGCGUGAAUGAUAUAAUGUGCAUAAUAAAGUUAUAAUUUAAUCGUGUAGGUUUUAUGCUAUAUUUUUUGACAGUGGUGUACAGUAAAUCUUGAACAAAAUAACGUGUAUUAUUGAAAUUAGUUGUUUACAUAAAUCAAUUUAUACAAUGAUACGUGUACAUGUUAUAUUAUAAUUAAUACAACCCAAGAGUAUAAUAUCCGGUGGAUAGAAUAUACAC